AUGCUGGACACACCUGUGCCUGUGAUACCACGGAGACCCGAGCCAGGUCUGAGGAAGUCAGGUGCUCCUGCUGACUCCGAUCAGGCGCCAAUUGCACAGGAGACUGAACAACCCUCUGCUGAUACCGCUUCUCUGGCUUCGACUCCCGUGAUUCCACCGAGGCCACUGAAGAAGUCAGAAUCUGGAAAAGGGAAUGGUAACGGAAGCGAAGAGAGCCAAGAGGCUGCUGACUUCGAACAGCCAAAACCUUCGCCUGCACCGGUGGUGCCUAGCCGGCCAAAAAGCCUGGGCUCCAGCGAAACAACUCCCCCCGUGCCCAGUAGGCCAAAGAGCCAUGGCGAAGAAAUCCCACAGAUUCCAAGUCGGCCCAAGAAGAGCAAGGAGGUGCAAUCCCGUGCUAAUUUAGUUGAGGAGCCUCACAAUGCUGAGGAUGCAGAGGAGGUUGUUGACACUGAGGCUGAGGUUGUGGAAGAACCGGUUUCAAUUAAGAAGGAAGAGCAUGAUGCAGAUGAAAUGCUUGAGUUGGCUCAGGAAAAGGCAAUUGAUGAGGAUGCGACACCUCGCAAAGAUGAGAAGGAGGAUAUAAAUGCUUCUCAACAAUCCGAGAAAUUCGAUGUGGUGCCCUCUCAUCCUGAGGAAUCUGGGGAGGAGGAACCCAAUACUCAGAACGAUCCUGCUGAUGCGGCAAAUCAAGAACCUCAGGAAGAAGUAACGACACGAUCCACCGACGGUGGAGCCGAGGAAUCUAAGGAAGUAACUUCCUCUGACAUCAUCACCAAAGAACCUUCUCCGGAUGACUUAGCUGAGGUUGUGGGCAACAAAAUCAAGGAGCUGCGAGAGAUCUCUGGGGUAGACAUCAAGAAUGCAGCUGCUAGCCCUACUGAGACGGUGGAGGUGGAAACAACAUCUCCAGCGGAUGAAGUAGAAGAGAUUGAUGUCGGUACUUUGAAGAAUGAGCAUGGGGAAGGCGCUCCUAGAGACUCAAAAAUAGCAGAGGAAAAUUUGACGACUAGAAGCGAGCCUUCUGAGAUCGAAAGCAAAAGUGAGGCAGAAGUUCACAAAUCUAAACCAGUCGAUUCAGAAGCAACCUCGAAGAAACAUGAUCAAGAGGAAGAUGUUCAAUUACCAUCAAAAGAAAAAACCCCUGAGGUAGAAUUCGCCGAAGAUCUUACCGAUAAACAGUCAACCAGUGAGAUUACAGGUGCUGAAGAGAAUACUACAAGUAAGGAACAAGCUGAGGAGGUAGCUCCCAAGGAACAAGAAGACAAUAUCCACCACAAGGAUAAAUCUCCAAUAAUGCCUGUGAUACCACUGCGCCCUGGCAAACCCAAGACUGUUGAGUCCGGCUCAGAUACGCAGACGGAGACCGGCGCCACUCCGAGCAUCCCGGCCAGGCCACCCAGACCGUCUAGUAAAGACAAGCCCAAAGCUCCUCCUCCAAAGCCAAAGAAACUCUCGUCCAAGAUCGCUGCUUUUCAGCAAAUGUUUAACCAGCCAGCCACAGAGGCGCCCCAACCACAGGAGAGAAGUGUUCCUGAGCCCCGAGGCAAGUUGUCCUCUGACAAAACAAGCUUUGCUGCCAAUUUGCAGAACAUGAUGGGGCCAGGCAUCGCUUUGCCCGGUAUGGCCAAUCCAGAGUUGUUGAAAAAACUAGCGCCGGCUAGCCCUGAGAAGGAAGAGUCUCAAAGCAAGCCUGCUCCUGGUUUGAAGGGUGCCCCUAGAAGAGCAAAGGGCCCAAGAGGAAAGAGGCUUCCUAAAUCCGUUACAGAUGCUAAGAUAGAGGAAUCUUCCGACUUGAAAACAGCAUUCUACGAAGUUUGGGAGAUUGAUUUCAAUAAAUCUACGGUUGCUGGCGAUUCAGUUAGUGACCCUAUCGAGGCUAAAGAUAUCGACGACAGCAAGCCAUCGGCAGCAGAUGUGGUUGAUGGCGCUUCUGAUGAUAUUGAUGAAGUGAGAAAGAAGGAUGUGAUAAGCUUUGCAAUACCUGUUGCCGACAAGAGUGCUGAAGGGGGUGAGGAGGACGAUGAUGAAGUGGAAUCUCAACCUAUUGCAGAGAACCCUGAAGUUCCUGACACGCAGCCUGAUUCAAGUAAACCUGAAGCUUCUCACACAUUGCCUAGUGCAAAGGAAUCAAAGGAAGAUUUGGGUAUUGAGACGAGACCUAGAUUAGAAGAGUCGCAACAACCAGUCGACCCUGAGGAGGAGUUAAAAAAGAUCGAGCAAAUCAACAAGGCAUAUGAGAAGCCAACUGAACCCUCAUUGGACAGAGACAAACCAAGCGAUCUUCAAAGCGACGUUGAACCUGACUACGAAAUCGUGGGCAAGGCACCCCAUACCGAAACGCCUAAGGUCGCUGGCAAUUCAGACACUGAUGAGCUAGACGACAGCGGAUUUGAAGAGGCCCGAGAGGCGUUCUCCAGCCCAAAGCGAUUAGACGAUGUGUUGCAAGCGCUGGCUACUGUCGAUACAGAGGAAGAUCCGACCGCUGAAGUGGAAGAGCAGCUUCGUGAGUUGUCGGAGAUUCUUCCCAGUAAAAAGGUAAGGGCUGAUGAUGACCAGGAUCCAGUUCUUGUUGAUAAGGAGACCGCCAUCUAG